AUGGACAUCCAGCCACGGAAGCGGAUGAAGUCGGGCAUCACCCGUGUUCGCACCGGCUGCUAUACUUGCCGCCGGCGGAAGGUGAAGCAAAGCCAGUAUGCCGGGCCUGCAGUCAGCUUGGUCUACACUGUGAAGGCUAUGCGGUACGAUACAAGUUCUGUGACCCCCAAAUUAUCAACACUACUGUGGGACUGGCGAGUCGCGAGUCGCAGAGAGACUCCUUCCCAGCAAUCGUUGUCGCCGACGGCAUUAGAAACAUGGGGCCAGUCUACCAGUUCUGUUUCGGAUACAGACAAUCAGACAACCGUUCUUCAAAGCGAAGCCAGCGCGUUAGAGAAGAACGAGUCGUCCGUAGUCGAUUCUCACGAAUCCAGCUCGCAAAGCCAAUCCAACAUCACUAUUGAUAGCCAUUUAUCUCCCCUCGACGACGCUUUCCUCGACACCGCCCCCGCUUGGACUUGGGCUGCCACAGAAAGCUUCGAUACAUGCCAUUCAAUGGAGCGAAUGGUUCGAUUGCGUCAUACAAGUGACUUAUCUUCUUCAGACGACAGCACUAACCCCAGCGAUUAUGGGGACUCUACGCAAAUACCAGCCAUCUCAGACACUAUGUUCCCCAACGUUAGCGAUUAUGCGUAUCGAGCUUCUCCGUUGGCGAGCAUGAGCGAUCCUUCAAGCCUCAGUGACUAUUAUUUUUCGCAGUGGCACAACAGUGUGGCCACUCUACUACCCCCAGUAUUUCGCGAUAUCACCGCUGAAAUGCCCGAUUUCCAGCCUCUGCGAAACGCGGUGCUAGCCAUCUCAGCAGCAUAUGUAGCUCACCUUGAAUCUUUGAUUGUUCGUACGGCACAUCGAACCAGGAAAUCCUUUUAUAUGCCCCAGAAAGAUCACCAAUAUCAAAGUUUACAGUACUACAAUCAAGUCAUUCAAGGCAUCGGAAAGUGUGUAGAGAUGUAUCCCCAGAUGAAUUCGCUUCACGUCUUGGCAGCGCUGCUUCUAUCUUACUACUUCGAAUUGGACUCGGGAUCUUUUGCUGGUGGCAUCGGACACAUGACUGUUAUUGAUAAAUUCCUCUCCUCUCACCGCGAUGAGAUCGAAUCCCAUACCACAGGACAAAAAUUACUAUCUACCUGGAUGAACCUACGCUCCCAGUUUGUGAAUCGUUACUUGGGAAGCUACAUACCCUCGAUGUCUACUCACAGCAUCGACAUGUUCCCGCUCAAUGGCAUGAUAACUCCCAAAGGAUCACACCACGAUUCCAUCACUAUUAUGGUGUGCAAUUGCAAGCUCUUGAGCCGAAAAAUUAUCCUCGACUGGUGUGUGACGCGCGGCGAGUCUCGAAGUGUCGGCAACAGUUCACCACUGGACAAGAUACUUUCCCGGAUGUCACUUCCGAAGGCCCGAAAAGAAUCCGUAUCACAACUAGCCGCCAUUGACGACGACUACUGGAAGUCCUUGGAGAAGUGCCAUGCGAAGCUCGAUGAGUGGCACUCGACCCUUGAGCUAUCCGAGCUCCCUAUAGAGAGCUAUGCAUCUCAGCGUCGGAAUCUAACCGGGCAGUCAACAAACGAAUCUAAUUCUCUUGACAUACUUCCUUUGAAAUUUCAUACCUUUGAAGCCGCGAUGAAUUAUGCCUAUUAUGCGCAAGCUCGGAUGAUGUGUUCCCUAGAUGUGAUCAACCGACUGAGAAACCCAAAGUUCGUUGUACCUCCUCUCACGAGGAAAGACUGCCCAUGGGCAGAACUUAUAUUGCGGAUCACGGCCGGCCUCCAGAUUUCAGACUGUAUUUACAAAAAUACUUUCAACGCCGGCAUUCUGCCCAUUCUGAUAUUAUGUAUGGUUAGUUGUCCGCGCCCAGAUGUGGCUUCAUGGAUAGAGGGAUGGAUACGCAAAGUAGAAGAUUUCGGAGUCCCCCUGGAGAGUGGGUUACCAUUUGGGUUGAUAAAAAGAAUCAUUCGAUUCAUCAUAAACCAAAGGCAAAGUCGGCGCGAUGUGCUUCUGGUCUUGCCCCUCGACACCGAAGACGCAGAGAAAUCAGAUCUUUAUCAAAGCGAUUUCAGAAUGCACGUAGGAAUCUGCGGGAAGGAUAUUUAUACAGGAAAACUAUACAACGAAAUUGUGGAGAUACCAGAGGUAUGACGAGACUGUAUGAAUACUUGGUUUUCUAGUGUGCUGCAUGAUACAGAAACACAUCGUACGUGAAACAAAUGCAUACUACUAAAACGUCAUUAGUAGAUGUAUCCAGACAUGAUCCAUUGAUGAUAUUCAAGAUUAGGGCUACCUACCCUCACGUGCGCCAGCCUCCGAGAUUUAUUCUACCUGAAUAGGUAUCUAUUCAAAUGUCUAACAAGAGAGCGUCAUAUUACUUGG